AAAACUUUAGUUAGUACGUCACAAUUCCAAAGUCAAUUUCUUCCUAAUCGUGAACGCAUUUAUUUUAAGAAUGGCGGAGGGUGAAAAUACAAAAUAUGUGGGAAGAACCGAAUUACCAGCUCCAAUGAUUUCUCGAAAGGAAGUCAGUAUUUGGGCUAUCCUAAAGAAUUGCAUUGGCAAGGACUUGAGUAAAAUCACAAUGCCAGUUAUGCUUAACGAACCAUUGAGCUUCCUGCAAAGAUUAUGCGAAUAUAUGGAAUACGCACAUUUAUUGACCGAAGCAUCUCGCCAGGAAACACCAGCUGACCGAAUGAAAUAUGUUGCAGCUUUUGCGGUAUCUGCCUUAGCUUCAAACUGGGAUCGAUUGGGUAAACCAUUUAACCCUCUUCUUGGAGAGACAUACGAGCUUCAGAGGGAAGAUUAUCGAAUCGUUUGCGAGCAGGUUUCCCAUCAUCCACCAGUAUCCGCAUUUCAUGCAGAAUCCGCUGAUUUUAAAUUUCAUGGCUCAAUUAAUCCUAAACUCAAAUUAUGGGGAAAAAGUGUUGAGGUUAAUCCCAAAGGAGUAGUAACCAUUGAGCUUCCUAAGUGGAACGAAACCUAUACAUGGAGUAAUGUCAAUUGUUGUGUACACAAUAUAAUUGUUGGAAAACUAUGGAUUGAACAGUAUGGUAAUAUGGAAAUCAGAAAUCACUCAACGGGCCACGUUGCGAGCCUAACAUUCAAAUCAUCUGGAUCAGCUGCCAAAAACUUACAUCGAGUGGAGGGUUUUGUAAAGGAUGAGAAUAAGAAGAAUUUGUUCUUUCUUUAUGGCAAAUGGACCGAAUUCAUUAAAUGCUGCCCAGCCGAAAAUUAUAAUCAGUAUUUGAAACAAGGAAGCAAAAAGAAUGACGAUAAGGAUUCAAAUUCACCUGAUGGUACUCCAAAGCGAAUGUUUUCCAAAUUAAAUAGUUUUAAAUUAAACUCAUUCCGUAGCUUAUCUAUCCAGGAUAGUGAUAACCUCCCACCACCGGAAUUUGAGGGUGAUAUACCCAAAAGUGAGUCGGCAUACUCACUGGAUAUACCAGAUUCCACGCUUUUGUGGAGUUGCAAACCACGACCAGCCAACGCUAGCGAGUAUUAUCAAUUCACUAACUUUGCCAUGCAACUUAAUGCUUUGAACAAAAAUAUGAAACCACCUACAACACUUUGCCCUACCGAUUCGCGUUUGCGACCUGAUAUAUUGUGUCUGGAGAAUGGCGACAUUGAUGGCGCUUCAAAGGAGAAGACACGUUUAGAGGAACAACAAAGAGAUACUAGAAAGCAUAGAAAAUCCAAUAAUGAAAAGGAGUGGUCUCCAAGAUGGUUUAAAAUCGUAGACAGUCCUUAUACGAAAAACGAUGAUUGGAACUACAUUGGAGGCUAUUGGGACCGCAAUUAUGAAAAUUCCUAUACAAUAUUUUAGAUGAAUUUUCAAUAUACUCUUGCAAAGAUAUAUAUAUAUAUAGAAGUAUUUAUUUGUAUGUAUGUAAUUUGUAAUUGUUUGAGCAAUGUAUACUACUAAGUGCAGAAAAGAACACAUUGAAAUUAGGACCGAAUAUAUAUUUACAUAUAUACAAUA